AUGGCAUCCAAUGACGAACGCGUACCGAAAUUUGUUCAUGUUGGUGAUGAAAGUCAAUUACAAGGCAACGAGCCGAUUCUAUUCGGCUUCGAACAAGAAUUAAAGUCAAUUACCGUACGUCAUGGAGACUCAGCACGAUUCGAAGCAAAAAUACGUUUAAUUUCAAUGUUAUCGACUGUUCAAAUUGAUCGUUCAUUAUUAACCGUUGAAUGGCGUUUGAAUGAUGAACCGUUGGCACAUGACGAACACUCACGAUAUCACCGUGGUUCGAUACCAGGCGAAAAUCUCUACUGGAUGGAUGUUCGGCAGUGUGAACAAGAAGACGAAGGAGUUUAUACGAUCUGUAUUAGUUAUGAUCACGGGAAAUUUCGCGAUGAAUCGAGCGCUUAUCUCUUUGUUGAUAGCUUUAUUACUGAAAAGGAGGAGCAACCUGAUCAAUUAAGCCAACAAGGAUUAACUGCCGAUGACGCAUGGUUUUCUGCUACAUCGCUUGAUCGUUUUAUUCCACCGACAAUCACACGACCUCUUCUAUCGACUUACCGAUGCCAACCAAGAACGAAGCUACAACUUCAAGUCGAAUUCUUUUCUCCAUCUGUACAAUGCCAUUGCACAUGGCAUGUACAAUAUUUAAACGAUCCAACGCCAGGACCAAUACUCAAUGGUUCAAUCAUCAAUACAAAUUAUUCCUCAACAUUAACAAUUAAUUCAAUCACCACUGAUUUACAAGGUACAUACUCAUUUCAUGUGGAAAAUAUCUAUGGAAAUGCAAAAACACAAACACAUGUUAUUGUCGAUAAGGAUUCAAGCGAUGACGAACUAGAAUACCAAGAAGUACCUGAAGAACCGCCACUGAAGAAGCCGCAUGUUGAUGACGAUAGUCAUCUUAAAGUUCAUAUUCCUGGUGGAGAGACGGAAAAUGUUAUUCUUUCUACUGAACUUACUCCACAACAACCGAAUUUAUUUGCACAAUUACCUAUUAUACAAGAAUUAUCAAAUGAACGAAGAUUACAGCUUCAACCUGGUGACAAAAUCGAAAUCGAAGAUACGAAUGUGACAGUUACGCUGAACAAACAACAACAGACUAGAUAUGAUCAGACAACAUUACAGUUACCAACCACCUCGACAAUCACUGAAACUAUCGAGGAAAUUACUCGCGCGGACAUUCCGCAAUCCCUGAGCGAUGUUACACAAUGGUCACAAUUUUUUUCGGAUGAUAAUAUUUCUCGAACAACAUCGUUAACGCCCGACCUCGCUUCCCAAACCUACGGAAGCGAACAAUAUCAACGUUUAGCGUUCGAUUCGGCUGAAACAUCUGUUAGUGCACCUACUAUUCAUUCGGUGCAACAACAGUCCGGAGCUGUAAGACAAAUGGCUUCGUCCAUUUCGCAGCCUCGCAUCACUACAGAUCUUCCUCUCUUCGAUGAAACAGCGAUACAUCUUGAUCGAGUUCAUCGACCGAGCGCCACCGACACUGUCCAAUAUAUUGCACCUAUCGACAUUUUACCGACAGUUGGUACUAUACUUCGAACAGCUUCAGCACUAAGUCAAGAAGAAUUACCCCACGAAGUAGGAAUUCGUCUUCAUCAAAUACAGCAACAGCAUGCACAACCAUCCCUUGCUAUCGAGACACCAACGUUCGAUGAAGCAUCCAUUAAUCUUGCUCAAGUACCACUUCCACGUGGACAGCAAACCACUCAAUACACUACAACAACAAUUACUUCAACCUUCACAUCCGAACCAGGAGAAUCCAUGCCCGAAACAUCAACUCGCACGAAUCAACAGCAAUCAAUAACCGAACUACAAGAACGAAAAGCAAAACAAGUUAUGCAACCCACAAUUUCUACUGACUAUCCGCUUCUAUCCGAACAAUCCAUUCAUCCCGGUCAAAUUCAGCGUACCAAUCUUCCUCAAGCGAUACAAUCUACAACAGCUACCCCUACUAUUCCAUCCCUCGAUGCCAAUAUUUUCCUACAAUCCUCAGCUACCGGGCAAGAAGAAAUCUCCUACGAAACGCCUAUAAAUCUAACUAACGUAAUCCAACCGCUCAACCAAACAAAACAACAAAAAGGUACAGAUAACCAAAACGAGCCACGAACCAGUUCACCCAAUGACCUCACCACCACCGAAAAGCAAGCGAGCUACGCAGAUAGUACACAGAACACAUCUACAAAGAUACUUCUUCACAUGAAUUCCGACUUAGGCGCCGUAGCACUAUCACCUUCACCCUCAGUCACAGUGACACAAGUCAGCCAACCUACCACACAGGCAGUUCCAAAACAAGGUAUCCUUGAACGUCAUCCUGCACCUACUGAACCGCAAACGAGUGUAGUAGACCAACCUGCUGCACCUAGUCGACCACAACUGAGUGUGGUAGAGCAACCUGCUGCACCCAGUCAACAACAACCCAGUGUAGUAGAGCAACCUGCUGCACCUAGUCAACCACAACCGAGUGUAGUAGAACAACCUGCUGCACGUAGUCAACCACAACCAUCCGCAGGCACCAUCGUUAAGACCAGUUCAGUUAUAGGACAAGAAGAAGUAGCAGAAGAAACAGCAGUCACAGUGACACAAGUCAGACAACCUAGUGCACAAACAGUUCCACAACAAGGUAUUGUUGAACAACCUGCUGCGCCUAGUCAACCACAACCGAGUGUAGUAGAGCAACCUGCUGCACCUAGUCAA